ACGCCUAAACGCAGAGGGUGAAAAUCCCAAAUCCCUCUACUCUACUCUGCUCCUGAUUCUUGAAGCUUCAAACUUUAGCAAGCGGUGGCCUCGAUAAGAUCUUUAACUCCUAGUUGCUACGCUGAUUUAUUUUCUCGUUCUUUGUUUCCAAAUCCAUUAGUCCCAGUUGGUACUGUCGAUUUACCUUCUUGCUGUAUAUCCCAGGAAUUCUUGAGCUUUUUCGCGACUGACAUUUGGGUAACAUGAUACCAGCGGAUUGGUCGAAUUUGCCUGUUGAACUUUUGGGGUUAAUUGCGAGUAGGCUUCCUUUUGCUUUAGAUUAUGUGAGGUUUGGUAUGGUAUGUCGGUCAUGGAGGAGGGUUGUGGUUGAAAAUGGGUCUUCUCCACCCUCAUUUCUUCCAUGGCUAAUGCUAUCUCAGAAGAUUAACUCAGAUCUGCGUGGGGUGUGUUAUCCAUAUAAAAAUAGGGCCUUUUAUCUUCACUUGCCAGAACUUAAUAAUAAGCGCUGCUGGGGAUCUCCUUUUGGUUGGGUGGUCACUCUCGACUCUAAUUUUCAAUUGCGCUUACUGAAUCCGUUAUCGAGGGCACAACUGAUGCUCCCACCCCUGCAUAAAUGCCCGAAUUUGAAGAACAUGGUUUGUAGUCCCAAGAGUUUUCGCAAUCGUUUUGUGUACAAAGCAGCCUUGUCAUCGAGCCCGUUGAGUUUGGAUUUUGUAGUUCUAGCUAUCUAUUCCGACAAUGAGAAGAUGGCGAUACUGAAGGCGGGUAGUCAUACUUGGACUCCGUUGGAAUGCUGCCCGGGUUACGUUGAUGAUGCGAUUUGUUUUGACGGGAUAGUGUAUAUUGUAAGCAGUUCGGGCGAGAUUGUGAUUUGUGAUUGCCAAGGCAGCGUUUUGCAGAAAAUAAUUUUCACGCCAUUGCAGGAAGAGGUCGUGGAUCCCGAGUACAUUGCUGCAUAUCUCGUUGAAAUAGAUGGGCAGAUAUACGUUCUUUGCAGACUCAUGUUCGAUACAAGAAACAACGAUACUCCUUUCCAUCCUUACCUGAGGACGAAGCGGUUUGAUGUUUACAAGCUGGACCUGGGCAAUGGGAAAUGGUACGAAAUACAAUCGUUGGGCGAUUGGUCAAUCUUUAUAGGCAACAACCACUCUUUCUCAAUAUGCACCAACGAAUACCCGGAAUGUGAUAGUAAUUGCAUAUACUUCACGGAUGACUACUCGGGUGUGUCACACAACACCCCUACCAGCUAUGAUACGGGUGUUUAUAAUCUCGAGACUCGGAAGAUACAAUGGCUUGCUCAGGAUGAUAUCUCGGUGUUUUCAUUCUCUGUACCAGUAUGGUUCAAACCAAGUUUAUCCUAGUCUUCAUUACCUAGCUCCUCUAUCAUGUAGACUGUAUAUUACUAGCCAAAAAGCUGGCCUUUACAUGCAUGAUGACUCUGCUUAAUCCUGGAUUUGUUGCAACUUUCAAGCUGAACAAUUUGUUAGUCUUUUUGUAUUGAUUUAUAGGCAUCCCAGUUCCAAAGGAGUUUCUGUGGCAAAAA